AUGGCAAGCUACAAAGAAACAGUAGCAGCAGCACUGCAACAACGCGAUAACGGCCUUGCCAAGGUUGAGCCCAAGCUUCAAGGUAUCCCCGAUGAGCUUCCUCUCAACUCUCAAGACCUCCCCAAAGCAGUCUUGACUGCACGUGAGAUAGAGAUCACGGAGAAGUACACUGCGGUUCAACUUCUAGACAUUCUUCGCAAGAGGGAAAUCAAGGUUGAAGAAGUGACUCGUGCGUUCUUGAGGAGAGCUGCGCUAGCUCAAGUUGCGACCAAUUGCUUGGUCACUCUGAUGUGGGAUGAAGCUAUUGAGCGCGCGAAAUAUCUCGAUUCACUACCUGAGCCCAAAGGUAUGCUCUUUGGCUUACCAAUCUCGGCCAAGGAACAUCACGGAAUGGUCGGAGAGAAUGUGUCAACCCAUGCGUCGUUUGUAGCAUGGAUCAACAAGGCUCAUGGAUCCAACCUGCUUUACGACGAUCUGUACAACGAAGGAUGUGUCUUUUACGCACGAACAACACAGCCUCAGACGAUCAUGCAUCUUGAAACCACCAGCACCAUAUAUGGACGAACUGUAAACCCAUUCAACCGCGAUUUGACGGCUGGCGGCAGCAGUGGAGGCGAAGGAGCCCUCGUUGGGUUCCGAGGAAGUAUUGUGGGCGUUGGCGGUGAUAUCGGUGGCAGUAUUCGUUGUCCAGCAGCCCAUAAUGGUAUCUAUGGUUUCAAACCGACUCUCAAGAGAAUCUCGAUCAUGGGUGCACGAUCAAUCAUGGCUGGAAAAGAGACUGUGUCUUCUACAGCUGGUCCGAUGACUGUCGACCGCGAGUCUCUCGAGCUGUUCAUGAAGGUAGCACUGGCAUCCAAGCCAUGGCUCCUCGAUCCUUCUCUUACCGCCAAGGAGUGGACGCCAUACAAAUUCGACCGACCUCUAAAAAUUGCCAUUCAGUGGUGGGACGGCGUCGUACAGCCCCAUCCGCCAAUGACUAGAGCUUUGAAAGAGGUCGCAGAGGCUUGUCGUAAAGCUGGUCAUCAAGUCGUAGACUGGGACUGUGAGCCUUUGGACCACGCCAAGGGCUGGGAAAUACUCUCAGCAUUGUACUGGCCCGACGGUGGAAAGGAAGCCCUGGAUCUUCUCGAAGCAGCUGGAGAACCUGUUCUGCCCUUGACCAAGUUCAUCAUUGAACAGCCAAGCGUGAAGAACAUGAAUAUGCACGAGUUGUGGCAGCUUUGCACCAAGCGAGAAGACUACCGUGCUGCGUACGCUCGCGCCUGGUCCUACACAGGCAAAGAAGACGGCAGAGAGGUCGAUGUCAUUCUGUGCCCACCUUAUUUCGGAGCAGCAUCUCCUCAUGAACAGUCACGCUACUGGGGGUAUACCGCUCACUGGAACCUUCUGGACUACCCAGCAGCAGUUUUCCCAGUGACAACAGUUGAUCCAUCCAAAGACCCCAAGGAUGUCAACUACGUACCCAAGAACGAUGAUGAUAGGUUUGUAUAUGACCAGUAUGACCCUGAAAAAUUUGCCGGUAUGCCCAUCAGUUUGCAGAUUGUUGGGCGAAGACAAUAUGAUGAGAAGGUUCUUUCUGCACUUAGAGAAAUCGAGCACGCAAUGGGAAGGGAGUAA